AUGAAUCUUGGAGGAAAGAUGGUGCAGAAGAAGAAGGUGGCGGUUCUCUACCAUUACCCUUGCCACGACGGUGUCUUCGCCGCCUUGGCAGCACAUCUAUACUUCUCAGCAAACUCAAUCCCUUCUCUCUUCUUCCCAAACACAGUCUACUCUCCACUCACAGUCAGCCAGCUUCCUCUUCAGGACAUCAGCCAUCUCUAUCUUCUUGAUUUCACAGGACCUCCUGGUUUUGUCCAACAAGUCUCCCCCAAAGUCGACAGUGUAGUCAUCCUCGACCACCACAAAACCGCUAUUGAGAGCCUCGGCGAUGUCUCUUCCACUUGCAAAAACGUUACCAAAGUUUUGGAUAUGACAAGAAGCGGAGCGACCAUUGCGUUUGACUAUUUUACUCAGAAGCUCAUGGAAGAGUCUCGAGGAAACUGCAGAGAGAUGAGUGACUUCAAGAGGAUGAGGCGUGUUUUCGAGUACAUCGAAGAUGCAGAUAUCUGGAAGUGGAAACUACCAGAGAGCAAAGCGUUCAACAGCGGAAUCAUAGACUUAGGGAUCGAAUAUAAUUUCAAUGAGAACAGUUCACUGUUUCAGCAGCUGCUCUCGUUGGAUCAUGAGAGUGUGAUCAACAGAGGGAAAGAGAGUUUGUCUAGGAAACUUAAACGGAUCCAGCAGGCGCUUGAACAGUCCUAUGAGAUUGUUCUUGGAGGUGCUGAUGAAGAGUUUGGUCGGUGUUUGGCAGUAAAUGGAGACGAGAUUGCAGAGCUUAGAAGCGAGCUAGGAAAUCAAUUGGCGGAGAAGAGUAAGGGUAUGAGACUCAGAGGUGUCGGAGCUGUUGUUUACAGAGUCCCUGAGCUUGGGGAUGAGACCAAACUGAAGAUAAGUUUGAGGAGUGUUGAAGAAGAAGACACAACAGUGGUUUCGCAGAGAUUCGGAGGUGGUGGUCAUAAAAACGCAAGCUCUUUCCUGUUAAGCUCAACAGAGUUCGAGCAAUGGAAAGUGAAAAGAAACUAAUCUUUAAUACAGUGUGUUGUGAGAUUUUCUUCUCAUUUUAGCUCUUUUAUGGGAUGGUUACUUGAACCGGUUUGGUUUACUGAAUCUGGUUUGGUAUUGUCUUAUUUACUCAAUCAAUGAAUAAGAUUCAGUUUACGUUA